GAGCUCGCACACUUCUUCCUUUUCUCAGUCGAAUCAAAACAAAAGAUACACAAGAAACCGAGCUGUUUGCGUCCACAGACUGCAGUUUUGUUGAAGGCCUCAGGUCAAGUACGAAGCGGGUAGGUGACAUCGACAAGCUACGGCAACAUCAUCUGCUUUCCUCUGAGGCGAGAAUAGUUCAGUCUUCCAGCUAGCUAGCUAGCACAAGCGCAUUGAGUAUCCCCUGCUACGGUACUGUUCAGAUUGUUGAAAAAAGGAUCCUGUACCAAGAUGACAGCUUCGUCCGUUGUUUGGAUGCUACCAGUAGUGGCACUGCUGUUGGCCUUGUCUGCCGAUGCAUUUCACGUGCCGCUGACUCCCACGAGAACCUCCUUGGCGUUUAGCUCGGCUACUAGACCUACAGCUACCAAGGCAAGACAAACAUCAGCCCUCUACUUUUGGGGAAACAACAACAACAAUAAUAGCGAGGAUGAUAAUAAUGACAAGAAGAAAGAAGAUGAUGACAAAGACGAUAAAGGUAUCUUUGGAGGGCUGCUGCCGUUUUUUGCCAACAACCAGCAGGAGGAAACGACGGAUACUGCCGAAAAACCUGUCGAAGCACCAGCAGCAGAGGCUACCCCAGUUGUCACUACUGCCACUGCAACACCGCCCAAGCCUGCACCCGGUCCCAAAAAGCCAGCUGUCGUCGAAUUGGAUCCUGUUGAACAAGCCAAAGCAUUACGAGCGCAGGCGGAACGAGCUCGCUUGGAGGCGGAGAAAAUGGAUGCCGAAUUGACGCUACAAAAGAUUAGUCGGAUCGAACGAGAAAUGGCAAGUGCCGUUGCCAAAGAUGAAACCGACAAUGUCGAACGCUUGCAACGGGAAAUGGAUGCCUUGCAAGCCAAAGUACGAGGAGAACCAGUGCCAACGCCAGUUGCACCCAAACUCAUCAAGCUGGAUGACAGUACUACUAGUUCUACUACUACUGAAAAAAGUAGUUCCGCCAGCAACGAAAUCUCUGUGACCAUUAACCCUCAAGGUGCAGACUUGUUUUCCGGCAUGUCCAUUGAUGGCAAUGACUUGGAAGGACUUAUUGAAACGGUAGAAAACUCCCCAUCCUUUCUCAAAAAGUUAUUUGCACAAAUGACAGAAAUUGAGUUUGUCACGGUCAGUGACAUUAAUUCCACUGAAGUGGCGGGACGAUUGUGGCAGAUGCAAAACAUGGACUUUUCCUAUUCCAAACGACCCACGCCGACAUUUACUCAGGCACAAAUAGACGAUGCCAUUCGCAAUAAAAACUUUGAACAAUUGGAUAUUGUGGCAAGCAAACUCACAGAAGAAACCAAAGGCAACGAGACGGCCAAGGCGUUGCUGGCGCUGGAAUACGAGUACUACAUUGACGCGUAUGACAUGGGCAAAAUGGAGCAAUUGUUGGACGGAGAAGACUGGCUUAAAGGUGUCAUUGAAGCCGUGAACAAGACACAGGUCGAUACGUCCAUUGAAGCUUUUUACCCAAAAUGCACCCGAAAGGAAGGCGCCGCACUGCCGACGGACGCCGAAAUGAAACUAUUGGUAACCGAUCUACUGCCCAAGGCAUUAUUCACACCGAGAGGGGAACCAGAAAAAGUACUGGGCGGGUACAUUGUACGAGGGACUAGCAAGUUUGAAUCGGGCGAUGAAACCAUUGCGGCCAUUGAUGCAGAAAUGGAAAAGACACCACGGUUGCAAGACAAAAUGACCAUUCUACUGGCAUCCGACUUUACCGUCUUGGCAGAAAUGGAGGACGCGGACAAUUUUGAUUUCCGGGAUCCAGAAGAGGAACCACCCAUUCUCUUUGUCAUGGGGCCGGAUAUCAUGCCGGAUAGACAACGUGUCCUACUGACUUUGACAACCGCAUUUGGUGUUGCAACGUCGUGGUAUCUAUCGAUCUACCCAUUCUUGUUGAAUCCAGUACUGAUGAAACGAACCGAGGAACAGCUGCAGUUGGCUGAUGCCAGCAUGGCGUAUGACUUGAGUUGGUUAUCCGAACUGUCACUCCCACUCUUUAUUACUUUCAUGGGGAUCCAGUUCGCUCACGAGGCCGGGCACAAACUUGUGGGAGCUGCUAAUGGGGCUUCAACGACCUUUCCCACCUUUGUUCCAUCUCUGAUCACCGGAGUGACUUCUACUGUGACCCAGUUCAAGGAACCACCAAAAAACAAGGAAGUCAUGUUUGACGUUGCCCUGGCGGGACCUUUGGCUGGGAUGUUGGCGUCCAUUGCGGCUCUGGUUCUGGGAUCUCAGCUCACUCUCACCAGCGACCCUGGUCUAUUACCCGCUCUACCGUUGGAUAUCUUGCGACAGAGCACACUUGGAGGCGGAAUCAUUGACGGUAUUUUGGGAGCAGGAGCAUUGAGCGUCCCUCCUGGUGCCGAGGCAACAGAUGCAGUCGCAGGAAUGACAGUGUCACUGCACCCAGUCGCAGUUGCGGGUUACAUUGGACUCAUCUUGAACGGAUUGGCGUUGUUACCAAUUGGGACCACUGACGGCGGAAGAAUCGCCCAGGCGCUCUUUGGGAGAGGCGUGAAGACAGCCAUCGGAAACCUCUUUUUGUUCACGGUUUUCUUCAUUGGUGUCCUGGGUUCGGAUCUCUUCCUGUUUUACUUCAGUUUUUUGAUUGCAUUCCAGACAGGAAACGAAAUCCCAGCAAGGAAUGAAGUGGACAACGUGAGCUUCGCCAGGGUGCUUUUGGCUACCGCAUCGACUGUGCUGGCCCUGUUGGCACUGAUACCAUUCCAGUCAUGAGUUGCAAAGACGGCACAGUCCAGCUCGUGCUACUAGCUAAGUUAGCAAAUCAUACGCAUAAUGUACAAACUCCGAGAGUGCUUGUAGCACUCGCUCUGUCUCGAAGAAAAUAGGAAACUAAGGUGGCCCGAUACCCACAAGGACAAUGCAAACUACCGGUAGGGCAACACAGCAUUUGUUUUAUUAUUUAAAGUACACUGUGUCUGAGUGCGGCUGCUGUUUUGGUUGUGGCGGUGAUUGUUGUUGCCCUUGAGGAGGAGCCCCGGGUGGUGGUGGAGGUGCUUGAGGUGGAGGAUAGGGAGCGCCAUACGGCUGAUGAUAUUGUGGGUGAGGAUGCAUUUGGUGUGAAGGGUAAGGGUAAGCACCGUAGGUUGGGGGAUAAUGUGGAGGCGGUUGGUGUGGAUACUGCAUUGGUGGAUGUGCCCCGUACGGUGGAGGAGCAGGCUGGUAUGGUUGGUGGUUGCCACCUGGUGGUGCACCCCUAGGAGGUGGUGGUGGAGGAGGCGGUGGUGGAACAGGACCUCCAUAGUAUGGAGGAUGGCUUGCAGCUGUUGGAUACGGCAUGGUUGGAGGAUGAUGCGGUUGAUGAUACUGGUGAAAUCCAGCCGGGAUUGGCGCCAUCUGUCCUGGUGGAUUGUAGUUGUUGUUUCUAGACUGGCGGUUGUUGUUGUUAUUUCUCCGCCUCCCCUGUGGAUGAUGUCCCUGUGGAUGAUUGGUGUUCCCUGCAGCAUUAUUCCUAGCUUGUUUGCGCUGGCUCUUUCGCUGCUGCUCUUCUUCGUCAUCGCUGAAAGCCAUUUCAUUGACAUUGACAACCUCUUCAUCGUAGACAUUGGAGGCAUCUUUUAAAAAUCAUUACAAAAGAGAUUUCAACAUGAGUUUUCAAUAAAAAUAAAUACAUAUUCAACAAAC